GCACAAUGCUCAGCCACCCGGCCAGCUUCCCCCCCCUUCUUCUCACGCUUUGCGUCCUGCUGGGAGAAGGUGUGGGACGUCCCCCGGCGGAGUCGCCCCAAGCGGCGUCCAGCGGCAGGCACCUGAGGAUGAAGCGAUGCUCGUGCAAUAACUGGAUGGACAAGGAAUGCAUCUACUUCUGCCACCUCGACAUUAUCUGGAUCAACACCCCGGGGCACUCUACUCCCUACGGCCUGGGAAACCUGCAGAAGCGUCAAAAGAGAGCUCUCGACAGGUGCGAGUGCGCACACUCCAAGGACAGCAUCUGCGCCACUUUUUGCCACAAGAGGCCUUGGGGUCGCAAAAGUCCUCGGGUGCCCAAGAGCAAAGGCAGACUGGAAAAGAUUCUCCACCGCGGACUUAUGAAACGCAGCAAGCUGAACUUCUGAAAGUUGUCAAGAAUCUUGCUCUUUCUUACUCCCUGUUCGCCAGAAAGCAGCACACUUCUCCAAGAAACUCCAACCCGCGCUUCACCCAUCUGAGAAGAACAGCUGGAAGAAAACAAACCACAAAAAGGAUAAGCAGGGGCUUACAGGUUGCUCUUCACUUUGACAGCACGAAGAUCUGUGGUUGCCAGAAGCUUGUACUAAAUGGGUACCUUGAAGCACAAGGCGAGACCACCAAAC